AUGACUUCCCCCAUCGAUCCACCACCGACAGCCAUCUCCAACGAGCACCACGACCAACAACCUCAGCCGAGCCCAUCGAAAAACCACUACCAGGAGACCGCCAAACACCGCCCGACCGACAACGAUCGGAAGUCUAAUACGACCUUGCCCCGACCAAGAAACUACUCUGAAAUCCAACUAGCCACCUUCAAACCUGCUGAAAAUCAGCCCCAGAAAAAGGAAGCCAGAAAAUGUUGGAUCUGUUACGACGACGACGAGGAUGAACAGGAGGCUGAAAACUUGCAGGGUGGAAGGCAGGCACGAUCGAACAGGAAGAAGCAGAGGUGGGUUAAGGCCUGUCGAUGCUCAUUAGUAGCUCACGAAAAUUGUUUGCUUACCUGGAUUACCACUUACCAACUAACUCACCCCGCUCCCGCCUCGAUUUCAUCCCCGCUUUCGACGCCCGUCAAAUGUCCCCAAUGCGCAUCUAUUUACCAGAUCGUCCAACCACCUUCGCCACUGCUAUCCUUGCUCCAUCGGCUCAAGCGGCCGUACAGCUCUGGUAUGAGCUGGUCUGCCCUCGGCUGUGUUGUGCUCGGCAUCGGUGUCAGCGCAUCCUCCUACGGCCUAUGGGCCUCGAGGUGUUUCUUGGGUCCAAUCAGAUGGAAUCGCUGGGUCUCGGCUGGUCGCCACGGAGGAGGACUGAACUUCCUCAAGUUCAUCCAGCUCAGUCUGGUCGGCCCGAUCCUCAUUCUCAGCCGGACGAGGCAGCUCGACUCCGUCCUGCCCUUCCUCCCAAUCUCCUUCAUGCUCUCCACCUUGCCCCCGCUCGCCCUCGACAGCGAGUUCACCGGCGCCCAUCAUAUGAUCGAGCCGAACCUGCUGAGACUCGAGCUCUUCCCGCCCGAGCCCGGGCUGACGUUGUGCUUGAUCCCCUGGAUGAGGAUCGGCUGGGGCUUCUUCUGGGGCCGGCUGAGUAACCUGAUCCUCAGACGAGAGUGUCUAGGGAUGCCAUACCAAUACCCACCCGGUGUCGGACCUGGUAUGGCCGCACAAGCCCAAGCGAUGGCCGGGGCAGAACCGAACGAAGCAAACCAAGCGGCGGGGGAGAACGAGGACCAAGCAGAUCUAGAGCAGGCCGAAGAGGACGAAGAGCCGGACAGGCAAGAACCACCUGGGGCGGAGGUGGUACUAGACUAUACCAGUCUUCGAACCGUGAUUAGGGUCGGCAUGGAAGCGUUGAUCCUCCCUGGUGCAGCUUCGCUUGUGGGGACCCUCCUGCUCGUGCUAUCGAGGAACCGGCCGUGGUUGAGGACUCUGUUGGGUUUGAAAAUCUCCGCGUCACUGCUCGGCCAUCAACAACUGUCCAACUCGGGCAGACCGACCUCCUCGUUCCUAUCGACGCUGAAGAACUCGCUCGGCCAUGUCGUUUACAGACUGACCCGUCUCGAGCUCUUUGGAGACCAGCCGAGAUCCGACUCCUUUCCACUCAAACUGCCCUCGAUCCUCUCCGGGUUCAGAAUGGCCGACUAUCUCGACUCGGCUGGCGAGGACGACCCGGUUUGGUGGAGAAAUACUCUCGCGGGCGCUCUCAUCGUCGUCCUCAAAGACUUCAUCUCCCUCACCGAAAAAGUCCUCAAGUUGCGCAAGUUGAAGUAUCGUCGAAUCCUCGACGUCGAUCAACAGCCUCAGUCUCUUUAA